UCUUGUUACAACGGCGCAUUGGGAGCGAGAGGCAUGCACAGUCUUCGGUCAUACGGGAGAGAUAAGCCGGUUUCCGACAACGCUUAUACCAUUACGUCGAUUUAUCACGGCGGCACUCUCAGGAUGUACACCAGCCACCGUACACAGCCAACCAGCGCUGGAGGCCGGCCUAAAUACUACAUGACUCAGCUAAGAUCCUUUGCAAUGACCGACACUGCUAAGACUUUCCGACAGGGUGCCCGGGCGUAUAGAAAUGCGAGAGACUGGGCAAAAGAGCAGAGGAACGAGGCGAUUGAGCAGGCGAACGAGAGAGCCAGCCCUGUUGCAGCUGAAGCACCAGUACUAGCAGGUGAUGCAGCGGGUGAUGCAUCAGGAUCGCUGAAUGAAGAGGACUUCGAGGAACCUGAUAGUUCAACAGAGGAGCUUGCGGAUUACAGACCACCGGCUAAACGUUCCAGCAAGCGUUCUAAGCCCUCACAGAUUGAGCGAAUGCAACGCAACGCCGGUGAAUCUACCGACGGCUCACACAGCCAUGGAUCCGCCGUUAUUCACUCAGGUUGAAA